CCUGGUCUGCUAUAGGGCACUCGUAUUUCCUCUUUUGAUCCGGGAAGGAAAACCAACACCAUUUCUCAUUUUUGUGCUAGCUCUUCUGUUCUGUGUUUACAAUGGAUACUUGCAAGGCCGAAGCUUAAGCAACUAUGCAAAAUACCCUUCAGGAUGGUUAAAAGAUCCAUGUUUCAUUACAGGUUUUACAGGGUGGUUGAUUGGCAUGACAAUCAAUAUUCAUUCUGAUCAUAUUCUCAGAAAUCUGAGAAAACCAGGAGAAACCGGUUACAAGAUACCGAGAGGAGGAAUGUUUGAGUAUGUCAGUGGGGCCAACUUUUUUGGAGAGAUCCUGGAAUGGUUUGGGUUUGCCCUUGCCUGCUGCACCAUUGAAAGCCUUGCGUUUGCAUUGUGUACGCUUUUCAUCUUGGGUUCAAGGGCGAAACAACACCACCAAUGGUACCUUGAAAAAUUUGAAGACUACCUAAAGUGCAGAAAAAUCGUGAUCCCAUUUGUGUACUGAACUGUGCUUUUAAUGCUGUUUUUGAAAUGGAUGCUUUUUGUAACAGCUAACACUGUACGGAUGUUGUCAGGUUAACAACAUACAGUGCUCAUCACUGUGACAGAGCCUUUGCAUCAGUGCUGCUAUUAGUUACUGCUUUUCCUCUUAAUGAAAAAUCAGAAGCUGAUGAACAUGGUGAAUAGGAACAGAAAGGCUUUUCCAGCAGUGGAGCACCAUCAUAAAUACACUAGGCAAUGCAUCUGAAUUCACAUCAUGGGAAGUACUGUACAGGACAUC